AUGCUCGACUCAAGGAUGGCGGCAAUCACAGCCACGAUCAUGCAACAUCCGCACGAGUCUACGAAGUUCAUCUUCAACAUGACUGUGGGGGGUCUUGAUGCGGAGAAGCUGCCUGGCGACCGUGCUCCAACUAUCUCUGACUGUCUCACCUCUGAUCUCUGCCCCAAACCGCCCAAGUCAACGCACCAUUCAGUCCAAGCUACGUUCCUCCCGCUCGUCCUCUUGUUCCUCUUUCCUCUGAUCGAUGAUGCUCUCGCCGCCGGUUCCCCGCCCAUUAUCCACUUCACUCUCAGUCGCCGCGGCGGACCGUUUCCAACGAGCAGCAUAGCGAACCUGACAUUCCUGUCUGAAGAGCUCGCCAAAGCCGAGGCCAGCUUCAACCAGACACGUCGAGCCAUCUCCGGCAACAAGGUGGUGCGCGUAGCCAAGGCACAAGGCGUCGGCGGUGGAGACAAUGACAGGCUAUUAGGCGACGUGGGAAAGAAUGGGAGCUGGUUCACCACGCUCGAGCUUGGAGACCCGGCACAGCAGGUUGAAAUGGACAUGUCGAUGCUCACGUCUGACUUCUUCGUACGAAGCACCUCGUCGCCGCUCGGCAGCCACUUCCACGACAUCUUCUCGAAGAGCUACAGGAAGUCCAGCCAGCGCCCAUUCUCUUCUUGUACCAUGGCAACAGAGGAUAUGCUGCUUCCCAUACUCAAGAGAACAACCGCUGUCUCGUUCCCUCACUGCCGUCCGUCGAAGUACUCGUCCGCUACACUCGACGCGUCGGGAUCCCUACUCGGUCUCGCUCCGUCGAAGAGCUUGAGUCAGAUCAAGACGCCGUCGCUGAUCGACAUCGGCGGUACGGCUGCGGAGGCAGUGCAAGCCGCCGAGGAGCAGGUGAAGCUGCAGCUCGACAGGCUCGGCCAGCUGGAGCGUGACCAUGCUACUGAAGGCUCCGACGCACAACCUGAUGAGGACUCAUCAAUUCCACGCAGGUUAGCCAAGAGGGGCAGGAAAAAUGGGAAAGACUCCAGCGAGACCUGGCGCUCAGGUUGGAAAUGGACCAAAGUCGAAGGCGCUGCAGGCUGGUGGCAGAUCCUCAUGCCCGGCGUCUGGGUCAACUGGAUCAAGACACUCAAGAACCAGCCCGUGAUCCUCGACAUCACUACCCCCCUCAUCCUCGCCCCACCACUCGCCGCCCGCACAUUCUACGCCUCCAUCCCCGGCAGCCUCCGUCUCCCCGCUCCUCGCCACAACUUCCACGCCUUCCCCUGCCUCAACCCGCCAGAGCUGCACUUCGAGCUCGCGGGCUGGAACUUCCCCGUCCUGCGGGGCGCCAAAGACACCUCCGCCAGCCCCGACGACCAAACACCAUGGACGACAGAGCCAGGCGGGCCGCUAAGUCUCGGCCGCUUGGAGGAAGGGAGCGGAUACUGCGUCGGCGCGGUUGUGGAGAGUUGGAUGGGGGUCGGAGACAGUGGUAUGGCUGGAGGAGGAAAGGAAGGCAGUGGGGGCGACAGGGGCGUGUUGGCUGGGAAUGGGUUGAGGGAUGUGUGGGUGCUGGGGCUGCCGGCUUUUAGGGGGUUGGGGGUUGUGUUUGAUAUGGAGAAAAAAGAGGUGGGAUUCAGGACGUAUUGA